AAAUGACAUUUUUCUGUCUGAAAAUAAAAUAGUUGUCAAAUAUAUUAGUAAAUUAUAUUAUGAAAUGACUGUCUAAUAGAAAACAUGACAAUGAAAAUGUCUAAAAACUUUGUUUAUAAUAAUAAUAAUAUUAUUAGUAUUUGCAUUAUAAAUGCCCUAAUAAUAUGUAUGGUUUGUUGCGCUGACGAUAAUAAUGACAGUGCAGUCACUGUUGUCGUAAAAAAUAGUCAAAUCCGUGGCAAACACCAGACAAUCGAUGGCCGACCAGUUAAUGUAUUUCUGGGUAUACCGUAUGCCGAACCACCAGUAGAUCGGUUAAGAUUCAAACGGCCGCUACCGUUGACUGAUCCGUGGCCGUCGGUAAUCAAUGCCGAACAAUGGUCGUCACCGUGUCAUCAGUUGCAUAUGUUUCCUGAAAACUUUAACAAUCAAACAUUUAGCGAAGAUUGUCUACAUUUGAAUAUAUGGUCGCCGGGAGAACAGGUAGUCCCGGACAACGAUUCUGAGCUCAAGGCUGUCAUGUUUUUCAUUCACGGCGGAGCACUGAUUGUCGGUUCGUCGGUUGAAAAGUAUUUUAAUGGACAAGUAUUGUCUACACGCGGCGAUGUUGUUGUCGUAACUGUUAACUACAGAGUUAACACUAUGGGCUUUCUCUAUACGGCUACUGAUGACGCUCCGGGUAAUAUGGGUUUAUGGGAUCAGACGGUGGCGCUCGAGUGGGUCAACGAUUAUAUCAGAUAUUUUGGUGGAGAUCCCAAUAGGAUAACAGUGUUCGGUCACAGUGCCGGCAGUUGGUCAACAAGUUUGCAUAUCUUGUCGCCGAUUAGUCGCCGACUGUUCCGGAAUGCAAUUAUGAUGUCCGGUGCGGCCAUCAAUCGAAAUGCUGGUGAAGAUCCCGAAGCCGUACGCGACAAAUGGCUAAAAGGCGCCGAAGCUAUUGGCUGUGGUGACGGCAGUGAGAGUCAGGAGUUUAGAAAAGAGACAAUUGAUUGUCUGAUGGCGGCACCGGCCGAUCAGUUAGCGGCCAUACCAUUUUUGCCCGUAUUGGCCGAUAAACAAAUCGGUUGGACAACUCAAGUAAUUAUUGACGGACAGCUGAUACCGUCGCGACCACUGAAGAUGCUGGAGUCGGGUGACUAUAAAAAGUCAAUAAAUCUGAUGGUAGGAACCACUCAGGAUGAAGGCUCAUGGAUAUUGUCGCUCAUGAAUGUCGAUCCUGUCCUAUAUGAUCGGUUCCAACCGGCAAACAUCACAUAUCAAGUGGCUUACGAUGAACUUAGAAAACUGUCGGCUCGGUUGCAAUCGAAAGAACCUAUUGAUACGGAAUCAGUGGCCAAACUCUACUUUCAUGGCUUAUCGGACAAGACUACUACUAGCGAUCAGUUGCGGCAAACAAUUGGCGUAGCGAUUGGCGAUUAUCUAUUAGGCUGUCCUGCGCUACAAUAUGGCCGACUUGUCUAUGAAAAUGAUCGACAAACUAGUCGUGUUUAUCAAUACUAUUAUAACAGUAAAGUAGGUCUAACCCCGAAACUGUUGUGUUCACAUUGGAUGGGUGUCUGUCAUUUUGAUGAUAUCUAUCCUGUAUUUGGUGUACCCUUUUGGAAACCCGAAGAUUUUCUGGACAGUGAACGACAAAUAUCUGCUCAAAUGAUUGACAUAUUUAGCACUUUUGCCAAAACAGGGAAACCGGCAAACAUUAAUGGAGUUGAAUGGCAAUCAUAUUAUACACUUAAUGAUAAUACUAUUGAAACCUAUUAUGAGAUCUCAGAUAAACCCAAACCUAUUAGCAAUUUUGGUGUCGGAUUAAAGAUAAAUGAAUGUCAAUAUCUAUGGAAAAAAUAUAUCGAUCAACAAUAAUAUUAAUAUAUCAACAAAAAUUAGUUUCAAUAAAUUUU